AUGUACCCUACUCAGGCUUUCCGUAUGCAGCCUUCGCGCGCUUUCUUCAACCCCGCCCCUAAGGAGGCUCACAGCGCCCACACCAUCUCCCAGCGUCUGCGCAUGAUCAAGAAGUGCCCCCCCAGAGUUGAUUCCUCUCGUGUCGCCCUCGGUGCCGCCUUCUACGCCAGCACCAAGAAGCUCAUGACCGACAAGACUCUGCGUCUCUACCGCAACAGCCCCGAGAGCCGUGAGCACUAA